GGUUUGUCAAGACUGAGCGGGGGGAAAGAUCACAAUGAAGAACCAAGGUGGGGAGACCAAAGCAGCCCCGCGGCCUGCGAGCUCUUCCAAAAUGAGCAGCAGUCUGGUGCUGGAGGAAGGCGACGCGCUGGAGGCUGCAGCGCCCCGAGAAGCUCCUCUUGCGCAGGAGGACACCAAGUCCUCGGGACCUGCCGUGCGUGACGUCUCCGAGGAGCUAAGCAGGCAGCUUGAGGACAUCUUGAACACGUACUGUGUGGAUGCCAGCCAGGAGGGCCCCGGCGAGGACGGCGGGCAGAGCGAGGCCCCCGAGCCGGAAGAAGCCGAGAAGUGUCGUAGCGAGUCCCCGCGGAACGGCGACCAGGAGACGGGUGGCCCCGAGAUGAACGGGGAGAAGGAAAGCACCAAGGGGAGCGAAGAGUUUCGACCCGGCGAGGAGUGCGGGGAGCGGGAUCAGAAGAAGGCUCAGGAAAAGAAGAAAGCCAAGGGCCUAGGCAAAGAAAUCACUUUGCUGAUGCAGACACUGAACACCCUGAGCACGCCAGAGGAGAAACUAGCAGCGCUGUGCAAGAAAUACGCUGAGCUGCUGGAAGAACACCGCAACUCCCAGAAACAGAUGAAGAUCUUGCAGAAGAAGCAGACGCAGCUGGUGCAGGAGAAGGACCACCUGCAGAGCGAGCACAGCAAGGCCAUCCUGGCCCGCAGCAAACUGGAGAGCCUGUGCCGCGAGCUCCAGAGACACAACCGCACCCUCAAGGAGGAGGGUGUCCAGCGUGCGCGGGAGGAAGAGGAGAAGCGAAAGGAGGUGACGUCCCACUUCCAGGUGACGCUGAACGACAUCCAGCUGCAGAUGGAGCAGCACAACGAGAGGAACUCCAAGCUGCGCCAGGAGAACAUGGAGCUGGCAGAGCGGCUCAAGAAGCUCAUCGAGCAGUAUGAGCUGCGGGAGGAGCACAUCGAUAAGGUGUUCAAACACAAGGACCUGCAGCAGCAGCUGGUGGACGCCAAGCUUCAGCAGGCGCAGGAGAUGCUGAAGGAGGCCGAGGAGAGACACCAGCGAGAGAAGGACUUUCUGCUGAAGGAAGCUGUGGAAUCGCAGAGGAUGUGUGAGCUGAUGAAGCAGCAGGAGACCCACCUCAAGCAGCAGCUGGCUCUCUACACAGAGAAGUUUGAAGAAUUCCAGAACACCCUUUCCAAAAGCAGCGAAGUCUUCACAACAUUUAAACAGGAGAUGGAGAAGAUGACUAAGAAAAUCAAGAAGCUGGAGAAAGAGACCACGAUGUACCGCUCUCGCUGGGAGAGCAGCAACAAGGCUCUGUUGGAAAUGGCCGAGGAGAAAACCCUUCGAGACAAAGAGUUAGAGGGGCUUCAGGUGAAAAUCCAGCGCUUGGAGAAACUGUGCCGAGCCCUGCAAACGGAGCGCAACGACCUCAACAAGAAGGUGCAGGACCUGUGUGCCCACGCGCCGCGGGCGGACGCCGACCUGCUGGAGCCUUUGAAAGACCCAUCCCGGGACGGCUCCGAGGCAGCGGCGGGAGCUGCUCCGGCAGAGCAGUGCCUGGCUGAGGAUUGUCUGCACUCGGGAAAGGCGCCGCACAGCCCGGAUCCUGCCGAGAGCUUGGGAGAACUGAGCAUAGGAGCCUUGGGGCAGAGCGGGACCGAGGAGGGCACUCGGGGCGCUGACUGAGCCCCGGGCAGCGGCGGGGCGAGGGAGGGCGACGGGAAUGUUUCUGCAGACUCAAUGGGAUGCCCCUCUCCUGGUCCGUGGACAGGUGCGAGAGGACAGCCCUCCUGGGAAUUCAAGAUUUCCUAGCUUAGGGGUUUUUUUGGAGGGUUUUUAAAAUUUUAUAUAUAUAUAUAUGAUAUAUAUAUAUAUGAUAUAUAAAAUAUGUGCAGGGCAACGUACACUUUAAAUAUGGAUGUACAUGAAAACUAGAAUGACCCACCUCCCUGCGUGUGCGUGAAUAACUAAUAUAUGGAGACCCAAGCGAUCGUCCCCUUCACUCAGAGACCUUGUCGCUGGCAGGCAGCGAGUCCCCCGAGGCCCCGGCGCGGGCACAGCCGCCUGCCUCGCGCCUCCGCCCUCGCAGCGACGCUCUCGUGGCGAGUGGAAGCAAAGGAGCUGACCUGGGGAGAACCGAAGCGUUUCCCAGCGUUGGAUUCUUCCUCCUCUGCCUUGGGCAGGAGGGAGCUCCGGGACUUGCUCUUGUUUUCUUGUGAGCGAAUGAGGGUGAAAGAGGCCGUUUCCCCUCCUCUGCGUGGGGUUUGUGUAUCGAAUGGGGACAAAAAGCAGCAGAGAAAGGGGGUGCCUGGUUCACCCCGGCCUCCCACCGGCCCUUUGCUCCUCCCAGAACCUGCCGAUGUCUCAGUAGCCUUAUGAUUCACAGUUGCCUCUUUGCUAUACGCACACGUGCACAAGUGUAUUAAACAGUUAAUCCAAAGGUCUAAUUCCCAAGUGUUUUGCACAAGCGCGUGUGAUCAGUUGUGCAAGGGCACGGGGAGGUUCCACCCCAGCUCCUCUGCCCCCGGGUCAGGACCUUGGGGCCGAGUGGGUGAUCUCGAAGGCGUCCGUGGAGCUGGGCCUGCGCAUGGAUAAAACCUUGUGUCUGUUCCAGGACCUGCUGCUUAAGCCGAAUCCCCGGGACCAGCACAAGGACCGUGCUGUGGGCUGGUCCCUCCUGCAGCAUCAGAGCCCCGCGGGCCCUCCGGUGUGGCCGUGCUGGGGCUCUCCCAGCGCCCCCUUUCUCCCUUCCCUCUCCGAUCGUCUCCCAAGUGCCGCUGUGUGCGGGAGGGGGUUUGUGGACAGACGUGGGGCCUGCUGGCACAGGGCGUGGGGGAUUUCUCCUCAGUUUCUCAAGACUUUUCGCUAUUCAGGAGACCUCUACCUGCUUGAAAACCUCCUCACUGCAGCUUCUCUUUAUGACAAACUUUAUUUUCAGCGUUGCCUUCGUUUUGCUCGAAGCUGAAGCAAGCUGCCAGAGCCAUUCCUCACAGCGGAUGCGUUCAGCUUUGGUUUCUCUUCCAGCAACGCAGCUGCUCUUGUGUCUCCGCUGUCGUGCAGUGCCCUCACGAAGGACCUGCUCCGCUGCCGGGGGAACAGCCCACGGGAGCUGCCUCUGCGUCCCCUUCCCUCCCCGGGGACCCCAGUGAGUUCAGGUCCAACAAUGGGUGGCUGGCUACAGCAGAAACAGGGUCAAAAAAGUCUCCACAGAGCCGCUGGGACUCUCCCUGGAGCUGGACUUUGCUGCCCAGCGUUGCUUCCUCCAGCGCAGGGACGCGUUUUGUCUCUGGAAGGAGCCGGCAGAAGCCUCUGAGUGAAUGUAGCUCUGACCUGGUGGGGCCACCCCGUUCCCAGCAGCCGGGUCGAGCGAGGGCUGCAGCCAGGCUCUGGAUUUCUCUUCCUGCUCUCUCCAUAGAAGAAAAACCUCUUCGCAAGUCAUCAAACCCCCAUUUUUUUCCUUCUUUUCCCUGUUACAGUGCAGAGAACCUCUGCGGGGGCUGUUGUAUGUAUCUUCAUAUCCAAUAGAACUG